AUGCUUUUCGAGGGUGACGAUGAGGGUAAGCAGCUUGCUAUCCUAGGUGACUUUUUCAGUGGUAGAUCGCCUGACACCCUGUACAAGCGUGCAAGGGCAAUCAACAAGAUCUGCAACUGGAUGGAGACGAACGUGACCACAUUUUUCUUGCAAGAGUGUGAGUUCUAUUCUUUCCUGUGUGAUGAAAGGGGCGAAGGAGCUCCUACAUCGCGGUUGAAGGGCUUCACGGAGGCCGUGGCGUUUGCUAACUUCGUGCUUGGCCUUGUGCAAUUGCAGGACUGGGUGGCUAAGUGGCUUAGUGUUCGUGAGCAGCUUGGUAUGGCGACUCCGCCAACGCACCCACCGCUUGCUGCUCCAGACAAGUCAGGACAUCCUACCCACAGGCCAGUAUCUGCGCAGGAGGGAACAGUGUGGAUCCGUGCACUGCCUGAGAGGCACCUGGCGGAGCCUAAGGCCUCCACUCACUCGGCCAAAGCCACGCUGCUAUCGUGGGCCGCGAAACGUGGAUUCACGAUUGAGGAUCGUCUUAUGCUUGGGUAUCACAGCAUUGCGGGGACCAUGGCUCUCACGUACAGUCGUGAUGCGGCAGCGAGGGAGCUGCGACUCUUAGAGGGUCUUCUGAGUGAAGUGAGAGUAGGAUCUUUUCCUCCUGACAUGACAAGAAGUGGACGGUUCCCUGAGGAGCAGCAUGUGUGGAGGAGCCGCUUGUUCCAGCAUCACAUGAUCUCCCGCAAUAAACGGGUGCUGGUCCGGCGGCGGUAUUGA